UCCUCUAUUUCACCUUUCAGCUCCCUUUUAGGCGUUCAUUCUCUCUUUGAGGUCAGGUUAUGCAUCUUCAUUUGUGACUACAUCCUUUCUUGAAUAAAAAAUCUAAACAUAUUUUAUGCUUUCAUGCAAUAUUGUUACAAAACAAACUCAAAGAUAUUUUUUGUUGGCUUAAUUACUACUCUUUGUAUCUGUCAGAUCUCUAAAAGAUCAUUCAAACAAAUUGGCGAUCCAUGGAUUUCUUCGAUAAAUUAAAGAAUUGGAUAUUGGUCUAUAGCUUGUUUCUUCAAUGCGCUAGUGGAUUUUAUUUGCCUGGUAGUUUCCCACACAAAUAUAAUAUUGGUAAUCAAUUUUCCGUCAAAGUGAAUUCCUUGACAUCAAUUGAUACAGAAAUACCUUAUGGAUAUUACAGCUUACCUUUUUGUAAACCUUUAGAAGGUGUUAAGGACAGUGCUGAAAAUUUAGGUGAGCUUCUUAUGGGAGACAGAAUUGAAAACUCACCUUAUAGAUUCAAGAUGCACGUAAACGAAAGUGAAAUAUUUUUGUGUCAAACAAAUGCAUUGUCAGCUGAUGAAUUCAAAGUUUUGAAAGAAAGGAUUGAUGAAAUGUACCAAGUUAAUCUGAUUCUUGAUAAUCUUCCUGCAAUUCGAUAUAUGAAUAAAGAUGGUUAUUUUCUUAGGUGGACGGGUUAUCCGGUUGGUAUUAAGGUUAAUGAUGUGUAUUAUGUGUUCAACCAUUUGAAAUUCACUGUGUUGGUUCACAAGUAUGAGAGGAGUACUGUGCCAGGUGUGAUUGGGGAUGGAGAUGGUGCUGAGUUAAUUACAACAGACGAUAAGUCUAUCACGGAUACACCAAGUUAUAUGGUUGUUGGAUUUGAAGUUGUCCCCUGUAGCUUUCAACAUACCACAGAUUUGCUUAAGAAUCUAAAACCAUAUGAUAAGUUUCCUUCACCUAUUAAUUGUGACCCGGCGACAGUAGCCGUGAUGAUUCAAGAAGGUAAACCAUUGGUAUUUAGUUAUGAGGUAAACUUUGUGGAGAGUGACAUUAAGUGGCCAUCUAGAUGGGAUGCAUAUUUGAAAAUGGAAGGUUCAAAAGUUCAUUGGUUUUCGAUUCUUAAUUCUAUGAUGGUUAUAACAUUCCUAGCAGGAAUAGUGUUGAUUAUUUUCUUGAGGACUAUUCGAAGAGAUCUAGCUCGAUAUGAAGAGCUUGAUAAAGAGGCUCAGGCUCAGAUAAAUGAGGAAUUAUCAGGAUGGAAACUUGUCGUUGGCGAUGUCUUCAGAGUUCCAGAGAACUCGACACUCCUUAGUAUGAUGGUUGCUGAUGGAUGUCGCAUUUUAGGAAUGGCAGUUGUAACAAUAUUAUUCGCGGCUCUUGGAUUUAUGUCUCCAGCCUCUCGCGGCACCCUUAUUACUGGCAUGCUUUUGUUCUACAUGUUUUUAGGUAUAAUUGCUGGAUAUGUUGCUGUUUGGCUUUUGAAGACACUGAAUGCUGGUAAUACCAAUGGAUGGUUUUCAAUUUCCUGGAGAGUUUCUUUCUUCUUUCCUGGAAUUGCAUUUCUUAUACUAACUGUUCUGAAUUUCCUCUUAUGGGGAAGUCAUAGCACUGGUGCAAUUCCUUUCACUACAUACAUUGUUCUGUUGUUACUGUGGUUUUGCAUUUCUAUGCCUCUUACACUCAUAGGUGGAUAUAUUGGUACAAAGGCUCCACAUCUCGAGUAUCCUUGUCGUAGCAAUCAAAUCCCUCGUGAAAUCCCAGCAAAUCGAUUCCCUACUUGGUUGCUGGUAAUUGGAGCAGGAACACUUCCAUUUGGAACUCUAUUCAUUGAACUCUUCUUCAUCAUGUCUAGCAUAUGGCUCGGUCGUGUUUACUAUGUGUUCGGGUUUCUGUUGGUGGUACUGAUCCUACUAGUGGUGGUUUGUGCUGAAGUUUCUUUGGUCCUGACUUACAUGCAUUUAUGUAUGGAAGAUUGGAGAUGGUGGUGGAAAUCAUACUUUGCAUCUGGCUCAGUCGCGAUCUACAUAUUCUUCUACUCCAUCAACUAUCUUGUUUUCGAUCUCAAGAGUCUCAGCGGACCUGUCUCGGCCAUGCUCUACUUAGGUUACUCGCUUUUAAUGGCUCUUGCUGUUAUGCUAGCAACUGGAGCUAUAGGUUUCUUGACGUCUUUCUUCUUCGUUCAUCGUCUCUUCUCUUCAGUGAAAAUUGACUGAAGUGACAGACUUGAGUUCCAUUUUGCUGAUAACAUGAAGAUCAAGUGGAGACCAAAAUUAACCAUUUGCAAAUUUUGCUAGCUUUAUAGCACUUCUUCAAAAUGUUUCCAAUUUGUUGUCCUUACUGUUUCAUACAUUUGAAAGGAAAUAAGAUUAGUAUCUGAGAAAUUCUGAGAGUGUGUAUGAAGUAAGUUUCAUACUAGCAAUAAUAUAUGGGAAUUUGCAGGCACAACACAUAGCUUUUUGCAAAACAUUUCUAAUGGUAUUCAAGAAUCUUAUUCAUGUGGUGUAAUUUGAAGACAUUUUUA